CGAACAGUCGACUUGCACAGCAACAUCAACACCCGCACACGUGCUGUGCCUCCGUACAACAUGGCGGCCGAACAGCGCAAGCUGCUCGAGCAGCUCAUGGGCGACUCCAUGCUCGCGGCGCCGGGCAUGGUCAAACAGUCUGCCCUCACCAUCACCGAUCCCAAGGUCUGCCGUUCGUACUUGUGCGGCAGCUGCCCCCACGAUCUGUUCACCAACACCAAGCAAGACAUCGGCGCCUGCAGCAAACAGCAUCAGCCAAAUCUGCGUGAGGAAUACCAGGCUGCAUCGGAUGCGCAGAAGCGCGAAUGGGGGUUCGACUUCGACUACCAGCGCGACAUUGGGGCCUAUGUCAGCGAGUGCGAUCGUCGUAUCGAUGCGGCCCAGCGACGUUUGGAAAAAACACCUGACGAAAUCCGCCAAACCAAUGCGCUGCUCAAGCAGAUCGGCGAUCUGACCAGGACCAUCGAAGCAGGCAUGCUGGAAGUCGAAAUACUGUCCGAGCAAGGCGCAGUGAAUCUGGCUGUGCAAGAAUUCCACAACUUGAAGCUCAAAAAACUGCAAAAAGAAGAGCGUGAGCGCGAACUGAAGUCGCUGUCGGACACUUCUGGACCUAGUGGGCACCAGAAAUUGCAAGUAUGCGACGUAUGUGGAGCAUAUCUGUCCCGCCUCGAUAACGACCGGCGCUUAGCGGACCAUUUCUUUGGCAAGAUGCAUUUGGGAUAUGCUCAGAUGCGCAAAGAGGCCGAGCGGCUGUCAAAGGAGCUGAAAGGACGCCAGGCGCCAAUCAGACAUGAGCCUGCCGAUGACAGAGGCUACGACGAUGGCUAUGGCGGAGGUUACGGCGGCAGGAACAACUACGGUGGGGGAGGCAGAGGAGGAUUUAGAGGACGUGGGCGUGGUGGGGGUGGCGGCUCUUAUGGAUCGCGGUGGUAGAGGAAGAUGGCGGAAUGGCCAAAAUGAAACACCCAACAUUAUCAGGCAUUCUCCGACCCGGCGAAGCUUCAUGGACAGUGAUCAAACGCAUAGGUGGAGAGUCACCUAGAUGCCGGCUCUUAAGCCACAACAUCACAAGACAGAGGGGGAACUCCAAUGUUGUCGUUACGGCACGCGACUUACAACAGGACUGCGCCACGGGCAUUCAACGCGACAUGAUUCAAGUCCUCUUUGGACUGCAGCAUGUUUGGCUCACGACCAUACCAUGAUGGAGCAGAUUGAGCUCACCCGCGCGACUGAGAUACCGGAGUACUGCAUUU